ACCUCAAUUGAAUCGACUCCACUCUCCACACCCUCACCCUCACCCAUACCCUCUCCUUAACUCUCCCACCAUGACCGAUCCCCAGCCCCUCCUCUCCCCGGAAAAGGAUUACCACCGCACCCCCUCCCUCGACGACAUGAUCGAGCACUGCAUCGGCGACCUCGGCUGGAAGCACACCCUCCAAGCCUCCCUCGUCUCCUUCACAUGGUUCUUCGACGCCCAGCAGACCUUCAUCAGCGUCUUCACCGACGCCGAGCCCCAGUGGACCUGCCUCAACAACAACCAAUCCUGCGCCGACAUCUGUCACCUCCCCUCCUCCGCCUGGGCGUGGGACACGCCCUCCCGCGCCUCCAUCAUCUCCGACUGGUCCCUCCAGUGCGCCGGCUCGCUCAUCAAAGGCCUCCCCGCCGCCUCCUUCUUCUUCGGCUGCCUCAUCGGCGGCUUCGCCCUCGCCACCCUCGCCGACUCCUCCCUCGGCCGCAAAAAGAUGCUCGUCUACUCCAGCCUCCUAAUGUCCCUCACCGGCGUCCUCACCGCCCUCUCCUCCGGCGUCUGGAUCUACAUCGCCCUCCGAUUCCUCAGCGGCUUCGGCCGCGCCACCAUCGGCACGUGCGCGCUCGUCCUCUCCACCGAGCUCGUCGGAAAGAAAUGGAGGGAAAACAUCGGCAUCGUCGGAUUCAUCUGCUUCACGCUAGGGUUUCUCUCCCUCCCGAUCAUCGCCUUCUUCUCCCGAGAUUGCUCGUGGCGGAUGAUGUAUCUCUGGACGUGCGUCCCCUCAGUGCUCUAUUCAAUCUCACUCGUAUUCUUAGUUCCUGAGUCGCCGAGGUGGCUCUUUAUCAAGGGGAAGAAGGAGGAAUUCGCCGAGACGUUGAGGAGCAUGGCUGCUCCGACGAAUCGGAGCAGCCUGACGCAGAGCUUCUUCGGCCAGUGCGGGGAGGAGAGAGCAAUGGAGGAGGAAAAUGACAUUUUUUCCGCAGCGAAAAUCCUUUUAAGCAAAGGAUGGUCGUGCAAGAGGCUCCUGUCGAUGAUGGUGGUGGGGUUUGGCAUCGGGAUGAUCUACUACGGGAUGCCUCUGGGGCUCGGGAAUUUAUCGGUGAAUUUAUAUCUAAGCGUGACGCUGAAUGCGUUAUCGGAGUUUCCGGCGUCGCUGUUUACGUUUCUAUUUAUUGGAAAACUGAACCGGAAGGGGGCGGUGAUGGGGCUGUGUGUGAUGAGUGGGAUAUGCAGCGUGUGCUGCGUGAUGGUGAGCUGGCAGGGGAUGGAGAUAGUGCUGGAGCUGCUUUCCUUCUUCUGCGCCUGCACGGCGUUCGACAUCGUCUUGAUCUACACGAUAGAGCUGUUUCCGACGACCGUGAGGAACUCGGCGGUGUCGAUGGUGAGGCAGGCGCUGGUGUUCGGGGGGGCGCUGAGCCCGCUGCUGGUGGCGGAGGGGAGGAAGAACGCGUUUCUGUCGUACGGCGUGUUUGGGGUGGCGAUCGCGGUGUGUGCCAUGUUUGUGGUGUGCUUGCCGGAGACGAGGGGGAGGGCGCUGUGUGACAGCAUGGAGGAGGAGGAGCGCCGGUAUGACGCCGGUAAUAGCGACGGAGUGUAUUGUAUUUGAGUCAUUUAUUGCGUAUUGAUUUUCUCUGGUUUAUUUUUUUAUUUUACUAUUGUGAUGAAAUAUUAUGAUUAUUACGUGACAAGUUAAUGUAAAGUUGUAAACACGUUGUUGCA